ACGGGAAUUUGAUUAAUUCUUCUGCGGCGGGAGAUGGUGACGGGAGUAUAGCGAAGAUGUUUGAUCGCGUGCUGGAGAAGGAGUUUUCCGAGAAUGAUGCGCCUGAAGGUGCUGGUGAGAGCAGCUUCAACAGUACUGUGGCUGAUAAACAGGCAGAGUUGGAGACUGUUGCUAAAAUCACCCAUGAAAAGACAAAGAUGAAUGACACUAAAGAGGCCAAUGGUACCAAACCAUUCCAAUUUCAAGAUGUUUUCUCCCUGGAGAAAGAAGAUUCUGAUGACAUGACAACUCUCAUAGAUAAAAAGGAUAACGUGUUUGUGAUGUCGAAUAAGAAAUCAAAAUAUCCAGUACUUCAAGUAGAUUUUAGGCUGAUUUCAGACUUGGUGGUUGUGAUAGUCUCUGCUGCCAUUGGUGGAAUUAUCUUUUCCUGUUUGGGACAACCGGUUAUUGUUGGCUAUCUUCUGGCAGGAUCGAUCAUUGGACCUGGUGGUUUAAAAUUUAUUAGUGAGAUGGUACAGGUAGAGACUGUCGCUCAAUUUGGUGUUGUCUUUCUUCUAUUUGCCUUGGGUCUGGAGUUCUCUUUGUCAAAGCUUAAAGUUGUGGGUCCUGUUGCUGUUCUUGGCGGUCUGCUUCAGAUAGUCAUCCUUAUUUUCUUGUCUGGCAUAACUGCAGUGUUAUGUGGAGCAAAGUUGUCAGAGGGUGUAUUUGUUGGUUGUUUUAUGUCAAUGUCGUCAACUGCAGUGGUAGUUAAGUUUCUGGUUGAGCGGAAUAGUAAUAAUGCCCUUCAUGGUCAAGUGACAAUUGGGACACUUAUUUUCCAGGACUGUGCAGUGGGCUUGUUAUUUGCUUUACUCCCUGUUCUGGGAGGUAACAGUGGUAUCCUGCGAGGAAUGCUCUCCAUGGGAAAAUUGCUACUCACUCUGUCCAUAUAUCUCAGUGUGGCUUCUAUAUUGACUUGGUUGUUUGUCCCUCGGCUUUUGAAGUUGAUGAUGCAACUAUCAAGCCAAGUUAGUAGAAUUACAAAUGAACUCUACCAGCUGGCUGCUGUGGCCUUCUGCUUGAUGUCUGCAUGGUGCAGUGAUAAACUGGGUCUUAGUCUUGAGUUGGGAUCAUUUGUGGCUGGGGUCAUGAUAUCAACCACUGAAUUUGCUCAGCAUACCUUAGAUCAGGUCGAACCAAUUCGUAACUUCUUUGCUGCUCUUUUCCUCUCUAGUAUUGGAAUGCUCAUACAUGUGCAUUUCCUGUGGACACAUGUGGAUAUAUUGCUUGCCUCUGUUAUUUUGGUGGUGGUUGUCAAGACAACAGUUGCUGCUGUGAUCACAAAAGCCUUUAGCUAUAGUCUCAGGACAUCGCUCAUUGUGGGUGUGUUGCUUGCACAAAUUGGGGAAUUUGCAUUUGUUCUCUUAGGCCGUGCUUCAAAUAUACAUCUUAUUGAGGGAAAUAUGUAUCUUCUUCUUCUUGGAACAACAGCUCUCAGCCUCGUCACAACUCCCGUCUUAUUCAAAUUGAUACCUGCUUUAAUGCACCUGGGAAUUUUUAUGCGCUGGUUUUCUUCAGAGAAUGGAACUAACAAUGAGGAAAAAAUCUCUAUUGUUAGAAAUGGAUAACAGACUUUCUUGGUCAUUCUUGUCUAAAGAGAUGGAUACAGGAGCACAAAUGUACUAUAGUAACACAGAGGUAUCAAAGUGGAGUUAACAUUUUUGUCGCAGAAGCAAAAGUAGCAGCCAGAUGGAUAUGCUUCAGGCAUGGAGAGACUAACAUAGAUUAUUAUUGUGUACAUAUCUAUAGCCUUAAUAUUACAGGACGUGUAAAUACUUUACAUGCUUAAAGAGCUGUGCAAGUACACAUCGAUACAGUUUUCGAUAUUCUUUUGCUGUUGACUAAGUGGAAUUCGAUUCACUUCUAAAUGCACAUCCUUUUAAUUAUAAGGUUUCGAUAUUACUUCUUUCUGUAAGAGCUCAA